UAUAGUAGGUUAUGUGAUAUGUUCGUUGGUUUGGUUUGUAAUUUGCAAGGCUUUGGCGCGUACAAUUACAAAUAUUUAUAUGCGGCACCAAUCUCGAGAACCUUAAUUUGUGUAGCUUUAGAAUGGGACGAACAAAAGCUGUACCAGUCAAGUUUGCAUCAAAAAAUGUAUCUUCAUUAGACACAUCGAAAAAAUCAAGAGCAAGAUCAGUGACUAGAAGCUUUACUGUCUUUCCACCUAAUAAUAUCAAUGCUGACUAUUAUUUAGGUAAUAUAUGGUUAGGUAUUAGCAACAAUGUGUUACCUCAAGAAUGGCAAAAAUGCAAAGUCUCUUUUAUUAACAAUGAUGAUACUUUACAUUUGAAGAUGGAGUUCGACGGGAGCAUAGUUGUACUUAUAUGUGUUUCUGAUGAUGAGGAUUUUAUAAAAGGGUUAUUUCAAUUCAAAUUGUUCGCUAUGAAAUUUAACAACAUGGAAGACAAAAUCUCUGUGGAAUUGCAUAUUGCUGAAUUACCAUUGCCAAAAAUAAAUAAAAGUAUUAGCCAAGUGAUUCGAAUUGUCUUUGCUAGAAUAUUUAAUAUAGAAUUUUGCGAAGUAGGACAAAUUAAGGAGCAUAAAACUUGUUUAGAAGAAAUAGAUAGCUUAUAUCAACAUGUGUCGGCUAUACGGAAUAAAUCUAUAAGUUUACCUGAAUACGUACAACAUCCCUCCUUAAAACCACAACUACGAAGCUAUCAACAAAAUGCAGUAUCAUGGAUGAAACUAAAAGAGCAGCCGUUAACUACUUCUGAGGAACUACAUCCCUUAUAUCAACCCCUAUGCCUAAGUACAAAGAAGGUGAUAUAUUAUAGCAAAUAUUUGGGUGAUGUCCAAGAUGAAAAACCUCUGAUGUCACAAAGGCAAACUGGAGGAAUCUUAGCGGACGAAAUGGGUUUGGGCAAAACUGUAGAGGUGCUUGCGUGCAUUUUAUCAAAUCCGAUGGCUAGUAUGGAAGUAACAGGCUCUAAUUCCGCCUCUCCCAAAAUUAUCAGGCGACCUCCGAAACGAGAAAGGCAGCCUACGACCUGUGAUAGCAAGUAUCAUUGCAGCCCAAAAAAAUUGAAAGUGCCAGAGGAUUGGGUGAAACUUUCUAGUCGAAAGUCUAGUGUGAGAGUUGCACUGGAAUGUUUUUAUGAAAGCGCAUUAGAGGAGAUGGUAAUUUCGAAUAGAGGGUUACCGAAACUUGAUCAAAAUAAAGUGCAAUGUAUAUGUGGUGAUACUGACAUGGUGGGUAGUAUUAUGUGUGUUAAUUGUUUGAAAUAUCAGCAUUCAAAGUGUAUGGGGUUUCGUGCAAAAUAUGGCGAAUAUAGGUGCCCCAAAUGUUGGACAGAGCAGCCACUUUUAGAGAGUAAAGCAACCCUUAUUAUUUGCCCGACCACUUUACAAACACAAUGGUGUGAUGAAAUCUGCAAACAUAUAAGUGCUAGCAUGAAGGUUUUGGUUUACGAAGGUUCCAAAGCAGCGUCCAUAUAUCCAGCUAAGUUAAAAGAUUACGACCUUGUACUUACCACCUACCAAGUGCUCCAAGCAGAACUGUACUUUACCGAAACUAAACAGGCACCAGCAUUGCGCAGAGAACAGCGAUAUUUAUGUCCAGGAUGUCCAUUGACUUUAAUCAAAUGGUGGCGGCUCUGUAUUGAUGAAGCCCAAACAGUUGAAAUUCCCACCGCAAUGAUUUCGGUGAUGGUAAAGAAAUUAUUUGCUUGUCACAGGUGGGCGAUAACAGGCACCCCAAUCACUCGCGAUAUCUUCGGAUUCUAUGGUUUAAUUGAUUAUCUGCAGCUGAGUCCCUACAGUGACUUAGAGACAUGGAAUCACUUACUAUACUAUCCACAUUCACAAGGUAAUAACGAACCGCUCUAUACAUAUCUAGCCGAGAUUAUGUGGCGCUCUGCUAAAUACGACGUUGUGGGGCAAAUUAACAUUCCAAAACAAACUCUAAAUGAAUAUAUAAUUGAAUUUUCGGCGGUGGAAAAGUUUUAUUAUCGUCGAGAGCAUGAAUUGUGCACCAACCAAUUUUUAGACAAAUUAAAGAACUACAGUGGAGAGGUCUUGCUUAGUUCACUCGAUAGAAGCAGCAUAAGAAAGAUAAUGGCACCGUUAUUGUCAAUACGUCAAGCAUGUAAUCAUCCAAAUACUGCCAGAGGUCGCUAUUUGGGUGCGUCUAAAUCGGUUAAGUCUAUGGAAGGUUUGUUGGAUGCAUUAAUUGAGAAAAACAAUACUGAUAGUGAAGAAAAUCUCAGAAUUGUUGUCUCCGCUUUGAAUGGUUUGGCCGGUAUUUAUUUGCUGUUACAAAAUCCCUUGGAAGCGACAGAGCAUUAUCGGCAAGUUAUGCAGUUAGCCGCACGUUUCAAUAAUGAGGAAGACAAAAAACAGCUUACAAUUGACAAAUUGCAACUAAUCCAUACUAUGCAUAAUUUAGCCGAAAUUAUCGAGACAUAUCCUAAUAUGCCGCCGACGUUAAGAGACCAGCAGCUCAGACAAGACUGUCUAAACUUACAAGAAAAAUAUCUUGAAAAGUACAUCACACAGAGUUCUCGAGCAUAUUAUGAAACAGACGCCCUAAUGAAUACAGUGUGGAAGUUAGAAGAGAAAUAUAUUUUGGAGACAGGCGAGUGGUAUACUCGCCUGACUCAUUGGGUUAUUCGAAAUCAGUAUGAAGUAGAAUUACAGAAACGCAUUACGUCAUCAUUGACUACAGAAAGUUCAAAUACCAAAAAACUAAAAUCACACGGACUAGAACUGCUUUAUGAAUUAGCAGCGUGGGAUGAUGAAUUGAUCAAAUUUAGAAAAAAAACCAUACAACUUGUUAGUGAAAUGUAUUCGUCAGAAGAUGGCAAAAAAAUAGAAAUAGAUGAAAAUUUAAUUUUUGAUGCUAUGGAAUGUCACCUUCGACCUGAGAAAAAAAGUAAAAAAGUUAAAAAGUGUCUUGUAUGCCGUGUAAGUGUUCAAAUGAGAAACUAUGAGUCAGUAUUAUUUGAUAUGGAAAGUAAAUCCGCCAAAGCAGACAUUUCCAACAAAGGCAGCUGGAAACCAUCCCCACAGGAAUUAAUAUUAAGAGCACUUCUUAAUUUCGCAAAAACGAAAGACGCCGAAGAUAUUUCUCUAACCGACGGAGAUCUAUAUUUUCGUAUUUUAUAUAAAAAGAAAAUAGAAUUUAAACAAAUGCGCAAAUUUUGGACUCUUCUAGAUCAACAAAUAUGUGCACUCGACGAAAUAAAUAUGUGUAAAACGCGAUUAAGUUUAAAAGUUGGAGAUGAACAAGAAAACAAGAAGUCUACAUCUAAGACAGAUCGGAUUUUAAAACAUCUUUCUAUGGCUCUAGAAAAUAAACUUCAGUAUAUUAAUUUUAUAGAGGAACACGAGCUAAAUUAUCAAGUGUCAAUUUUAAAAAAUGAGGAAAAAGUAAAUAUGGCAUCCUUGGAAAGAAAUUUAGGAAUACAUAGUUACCUUGAAACACUUCGUCUUCAACAAUAUGCGGGUCAAAGCCCAGAUCCUUGCCCCAUAUGUAAAAAUGCACUGCAAGAACAUUGGAGCAUUCUACCAUGCGGACAUUGUUAUUGCUUGGAGUGUAUUCAGGUUCUCUUUGAAAAGGCCAACAUUAGGUUGUUGCCAUGCUCGAUUUGUCGACAGUCUCACAAACCUGAGGAUGUUUCGUAUAUACGCACUGAUGCGGUUGAAAGCCAAGUCGAAGAAACCAAAAUUAAAGGAAACUACUCAACAAAAAUUGAAGCAAUCGUUAAAUUGAUUAUCAACCUUAAAAAAGAAGAGAGCACUGUCAAAGUUUUAGUCUUUUCAACUUGGGUGGAAGUAUUAAAGGUCAUGAGAAAUGCACUUAUAAAUAAUGGUAUAUCAACGGAACUGUUGUCAAUACAGUCCUUAAAGAAAUGCCUUGCAAAAUUUAAGAAUGGCGAGAUUACUGCGCUGCUUUUGCCAAUUAGUUUAGGAUCCAAAGGCUUAAAUCUCAUUGAAGCAACACAUGUUGUAUUAACGGAGCCAUUGCUGAAUCCUGCAGAUGAACUACAAGCAAUUGGAAGAAUACAUCGAAUCGGCCAAACCAAACCGACAAUUGUACAUAAAUUUGUGGUGAAAAGUACAAUUGAAGAGAGUCUGUAUCAAGCAACAAAUCAGAAUGCAGCUAAUUGGGAUAAAAGUAAAGUCACUUUGGAACAAUUACGUAAUUUGUUUAUUGAUACUUCAGAAGAUCCACCAGCUCUAAAUGUUGAAGCUGACAGCAUUUUAGAAGCGAACGAAGACAUUGAUGCAAAUUGCAGUAUUGAUCACUCUAAUGAAGAAAAUUUGGAACUUCAAGAACCGUUUACGAAUAGUCAUAAUUCUGAAAGUAACAUCUCUGAUACUGAAAACAGUAGUUCCAGUGAAAGCAUAUCUGAAGAAGAAAUGGAUAUGUGAAUUAAAUUUUGAAUUGUAUUCUUUUUUGAUCACUUUUAUGUGUGCUUUUUAAUUUAUUUACAUAUUGUAUGAUUGCUAAUUUUUUUAUCUGUUGGUUGUUGAUUGUUUUGAUUCUCAAAAUACAUAACUAAUAUUUGGGUACUCAGUCAUGCAUUCCAUUAAAUGUAGUAAGCAGGUAGUAGAAUAAUAAAUCAAGAAAUAUCGUGUAUGCAAUAAUUUAGCGUCUAAUUAUUAUUUAUAUUGUUUUUACUGUGGAUAAAUUUUAAAUAAAUCGUGUGUUUUGUGUGUAA